AUGCUAGUCAUGUCUGCCAGCGCCCAAGAAGAGAAGAAAGAGGCCGGAGAGCCUCGAUACUUGCUACAACUGGAACCGCCCAUCGGGACGUCGUUUUGGAGCGUCCAAGAUCUCCCAAUUUUUGAAUAUAAAACUCUCGGGAACCUUGGGGCUCAGUACCUCCUCGUUAGCUGGUCAUGCCAGUGCUAUAUCUUCACGACCAACCAAAAACCCGACACCGUUAAUUUUGGUGGAUCGGGCGGGGCCUUCUACAUUGUCAUGAAACACAGUGGACAGGUUGACUCGACACUGUACCACGGCAAGCAGACUUUCAAACUUCAAAUCUCCGCAUCGUCUGGGUCGCCCAUCACCCACUUGCCUGACCACAGCGCCAAGAGUGGUGACCACUGGACCGCUACCAUCGACUACGAACAGGCUAUGCAAAUGUUCAACAACACCGGAAACGGUACAUUUACCCAUAACGCAAAGUACAACGAAACGUACCAGUUGUUGAAAAUGGAUCAGUCUGGCGGAGUCAUGGACAACACAGCCGAGGCUGUAUUCCAACCAGAUCCUGGCUCUGCGUGGUAUAACACUCCUAAGGAAAUCCAUGGCUUGUCGGUGUUCAGACAGACUGAGCCUUCUCAGUGGCCUUUCAAAUUUACCUUUAAAGCGAUUGCUGAAUUUGACUCCACCAUCCGCACCAUAACAGAGGAGAAGACCAUCAAUCUCAACUUCUAA